ACUGCCUUUUUCCGUCUUUCCUGCUUAAUCUCUUCAUCACUUUUUCAAUCCCAAAUCAUUUUUUUUAGGGUUUAUUUUUCUCUUAAUCUUCCUCUCUGCAAGGAUCUAUAUAUACAACUUCACAAACCACUCUUAGCGGUGUGUCUGUGUCUAUUCAUCGAUUGAGUUAACCAUCCCGUUAUCAGAUUUUUCCUUCUCAACCUGCCUUAGAGCCAUGUCGCUGAGACCCAACGCUAGGACGGAGGUUCGCCGGAACCGGUACAAAGUUGCGGUGGAUGCUGAGGAAGGAAGACGGAGGAGAGAAGACAACAUGGUUGAGAUCCGUAAAAGCAAGCGUGAGGAGAGUUUAAUGAAGAAGAGACGCGAAGGUAUGCAAGCUCUUCAGGACUUGCCUCCAGCUUCCGCCGCUCCUCAUGCCGCCUCCGUCGGUAAUAAGUUGGAGAGUUUGCCGGAUAUGGUUGCUGGGGUUUUGUCCGAUGAUCCUGCCUUGCAGCUUGAGUCCACUACUCAGUUCAGGAAGCUCCUCUCUAUAGAGAGAAGUCCUCCAAUUGAGCAAGUGAUAGAUUCUGGUGUUGUGCCUCGAUUUGUUGAGUUUCUUAUGAAAGAGGAUUACCCCUCGAUCCAGUUUGAGGCAGCUUGGGCUCUAACAAACAUUGCCUCUGGAACAUCUGAUCACACAAAGGUUGUAAUCGAUCACAAUGCUGUUCCAAUCUUUGUCCAGCUUCUUGCUUCCCCUAGUGAUGAUGUCCGUGAGCAGGCUGUUUGGGCGUUGGGCAACGUUGCUGGUGAUUCACCACAGUGCCGUGAUCUUGUUCUUAGAUAUGGGGCAUUGGUUCCGCUGCUCGGUCAGCUUAAUGAGCAUGCUAAAUUGUCAAUGCUUCGAAAUGCCACCUGGACCUUGUCAAACUUCUGUCGUGGCAAGCCUCAGCCACACUUUGACCAGGUGAAACCCGCUCUUCCUGCCCUUGAACGGCUAAUUCAUUCAAACGAUGAAGAAGUGUUGACAGAUGCCUGUUGGGCUCUCUCAUACCUCUCUGAUGGGACCAAUGACAAAAUCCAGGCUGUUCUCGAGGCCGGUGUUGUCCCGAGACUUGUUGAACUUUUACUCCAUCCUUCUCCAUCUGUGCUAAUUCCUGCACUUCGCACCGUAGGGAAUAUAGUCACUGGAGAUGAUCUACAAACGCAGUGGGUGAUCAAUAGUGGCGCUCUACCUUGUCUUGCCAACCUUCUCACUCAAAACUAUAAGAAAAGCAUAAAGAAGGAAGCUUGCUGGACUAUUUCAAAUAUCACAGCUGGCAACAAAGAUCAGAUCCAGACAGUAGUUGAUGCUAAUCUGAUUGCCCCUUUGGUCAGUCUACUUCAAAAUGCUGAAUUUGACAUUAAGAAAGAAGCUGCAUGGGCAAUUUCAAAUGCAACAUCAGGUGGAUCUCAUGAUCAAAUCAAAUACCUGGUGGAGCAAGGAUGCAUAAAACCAUUAUGCGAUCUACUGGUAUGCCCAGAUCCAAGAAUCAUAACUGUCUGCCUUGAAGGAUUGGAAAACAUUUUGAAGGUAGGAGAGGCAGAGAAGAACUUGGGUAACACAGGGGACAUGAACUAUUACGCUCAGCUGAUUGAUGAUGCAGAAGGGCUAGAAAAGAUCGAGAACCUUCAGAGCCAUGACAACCAUGAGAUCUACGAGAAGGCUGUUAAAAUUCUGGAGGCAUACUGGCUUGAAGAGGGAGAUGAAGAGACACAACAAGCUCCAGGUGUUGAUAGUUCCCAGGCUGGGUUCCAGUUUGGAGGCAACCAAGCUUCGGUCCCGUCCGGGGGAUUUAACUUUAGUUGAAGAUAUGAAACUCAAACCCACAGGAAUGGAACUGGAAGCUUGCAGCUUGAGAGUGAUAAAAGUUCAGAGUCUAGUUUCAUUCUGAUCUCAAAAUUGCGGUUGGUCGGUUUAAAAGUACAGAGUCUCAGAAACUGUUUGGUUUCAUUGUCCAGGGCUAUUGUUAUUGAAAAGACCGGCACACUAACACCGGUCGUGAGUCUACUAUUGUGUUGUUUUAAAUUUUUGCAGGGGGUUAUAAAUCUUUCGCUGGAGCCUUGUUUUUUUUUUUUGUGUGCACAACAGUUUGUAUGUCGGUAAAAUAUGAAACCACAAACCUUUCGGUCUUUAAUUUGUGGAAAACAAAAUCUUCUUUUGGUGUCU